AUGAGGGCUCUGUUGGUGUUACUCGCGGUUACGACCAGAAUUGCGACAGCUGCACCAGCGAGCAAUCCGACCACUGCCAAAUUAUUCAUCGCAAGAGGUGUGGCCACUGGCAAUGUAGCGCAGUUGCAGACUCGGUCUUUCGCGCCUUUCACUCUUAGCCCGGGAAUUCCGGUGGCCACUCUUGACUAUGGAGCCGAGAAGGCGGGUUUUCCGAUUUUCGACGUCUCCGCUCUUAGCGGUCCAGUACAAGUUGAGGUCAAGUAUACCGAGCACUUUGACGGGCUAAACCAUCCCUUCAGUGACGGGCCGUAUACCUUUACCAACCAGCUGAGCAACAGCUUCCGCGUCGAGACCUUCAACAUCACAGCCGCCGGCCGGGUUACAUCUCCACUGAUUCAGGGAGGCCAGAAAUGGCAAUCCAUCAGGCUUUUAACCAAUGGCACGGUAGAAUUCUCGAGUGUAGGCUUUACGGCGACCAUUGAUACGGCCGAGCCGGACACUCUCCCUGGAAGCUUUGACAGUGAUGAUGAGGCCUUAAACAAGAUAUGGAAGCUAGGCGCUAGAGCAGCGACAGCAGCAUGCUUCGACAAGGGCACGCAGAAAACAAUCUGGGAAAUGAGCGAGGAAGAUGGGGUUUUAGCCCGGAGCACGCGACCGGCUGUGACUUAUAAGGGCACGUCUUGGAGCAAUUACACACUAGAGUUUGACACCAAGAUUCAAAGAGGCGGAAGCUGGUUUGUGACAGGUGGAGUUGUGGCUGGCAACGGGUACACUAUGCUGCUUACUGGCGAGCUGCCUGAGACAACCCGUUUUGCCAAUGUCAACACGACUUUGACGCCGGCUAAUACGAUCUCGCUGGCUUAUGGACCAGACUUUGUGAAUCAAACGACACUGACCACUUUCCUGCUAGAUGUCUUUGAGGUUCCUUUCAGAGUCCAGGAGAACGCAUGGUACCGCGUCAAGGCAAUCAUGGCUCCCACAGGACAUCUUGUCGUGUCUAUCAAUGAUACCCAAGUGUUCAACAUCUCGCGCUCCAAUUACCCGUGGGCUCUCGCCUCGGGCACCUUGUCGUACACAGGCUCUCCCGAUUUCACCGGCUCUAUCGGCUUCGGCGCAUACCAAGACCAGGCCGCAUACUUCAAAAACGUGCACGUCUACGACACCGUCAACGGCUCAACACUCUACACCAACAACCUCACAACCCCGGACGUCUUUGCUGAAUACGGAACGCAGGCAAAUUACGAAAGCGCGUGUCUCGAUGGGCCCAAGCGCGACAGACUUAUCUGGCUCGGCGACUUCUACCACACUGCCCGCAUCAUCGCUACCAGCACGUCACGAACGGACCUGUCCCGUGGAACGCUGCAGCUUCUGAUCGACUCACAGAUCGCCAACGGGCAGAUGAACAUCUCACCCAACCUCGGCUACAACCUCGUUUCCAUCGCGGACGCGCUGGCCCCGAGUGGCGUUUUCGGCUUGCAGGAUUACCAGCUCAUGGGUCUGAUGGCGUUCAGCGACCAUGUGCGGCUCAAUAAUGACCUCGAGUGGGCGAAGACGACAUGGCCAAAGUGGCAAAAGGUGGUUGAAUGGUUGCUACCGCAGAUCAACUCGACAACGGGGUUGUUGACGUUCCAGGAUGGGUACGCCUUCACUGGACCGGCGGAUGGCGGCUCUGCCAUUGGAUGUGAGGCCGUCCAGAGCCUCAACGGCGCUGCAGAUGUGGCCGUUGCACUCAACGACACAUCGUCUGCUACGCGAUAUCGCGAGGCCGCGGUCGCUUUGACAAAAGCCAUCAACAACAAGCUCUGGAAUGAUGAGAUCGGCGCCUACGGUCUCUCGCUCGCAGACUUGAGCGGCAUCUCUGUAGCCUCAACCGCGUUCUGCAUUACCUCCGGCGUAGCAGAUGCAAAUCGCACUGCCCGUUCCAUCUCCGCGUUGUCCAGCUUGAAGCUCGGCCCGGGUUACAAGGACAGCUCAGCUGUCUCCUCCAACGACACCAGCGUCAAUAUUUCUCCCAACACCAAUGGAUUUCUCCUUUCGGCGCUCUUCAUGGGCAAUGCGACGCAGACAGCCAAGGAGCUCAUAGUGAAUCUCUGGGGCGCGAUGUUGCCAGGCACCACCGAGGCGCAGAACAAGAGCGCUGUCGGCACGAGUUGGGAGUACGUCAACGCCGCGACGUUGCAGCCUGGAUUGGAUCUAUUCACGAGCCUGAGUCACCCCUGGGGCGGCGCCGCGACAUACGUCUUAACGGAAUGGGCGGCGGGCUUGCGAGCUGCUGAGGGGAUCGACGGGUUUGGGUACAAGAACUGGGUUGUUUCACCGGCGGCUGGGGUGGAAUUGGGGCUGAGGAGGGCGAGUGCGAGGGUUGUCACUGCGUUUGAUGGAGAUUUGAGCGUCGAGUGGAGAGCAAACGGUGAUGAGAUUGGUGUUACGAUUCGGGCUCCUAUCGGCACAGAGGGCGGUUUGUGUAUGGGAAUGAGAGCAUUGCGUUGCAUGGGCGGACUGAGUAUCAGUUUACCGUGGACGCGUCGCUGCAGAACGGCAUUAUUUAGGUUCUGA